AUGCAUGAUUUUUCAAACAGUCGAAGUGAUUGUCAAAAAUUUGAUGGGGACUUAGCUGUCUUUGAUGUCUAUGAAAAAUAUUUUCAUUUUAGAGAAAUUUACUAUGAAAAGCUAGGAUUAAAUCAGCAUAUGUGGUUUGGAUUAAGAGAUCAUCAUGGAGACGGACCAACUGUCGAAAGAAGGUGGAUUACUGGUUCUUUCUUAGCUUAUCAAAAAUUUUUGGGAGAACCUCCUUCUUCUACUGGAACUUCAGAUGAUUGCUAUAUUAGUUCUGCGUUUGGAGAUCAUUUGUGGAUUGAUGAUUUGUGCAGUCAGCUUCGUUUUUUCAUCUGUGAGAAAGCUUGCAGCUAUGAUUUGGAAUACAGUAAUCGCUAUUUUACCAUCAAUCAAGUCAAUAGGACAUGCGAUGAAGGUAGAAACUAUUGCCAAUCACACGGUGGAGAUUUAGCUAUCAUUAACAAUAGCGAUUUGACCGAUUUCUUGUCUGGCUAUCUGACAUGGACUCAAUCAGUCUGGAUUGGUUUGCGAGAUAUUAACAGUCUAGAUAACUUCAAUGCUUUCGUUUGGGUUAAUGGAACUGUCGCUAGUAGUUAUACGGAUUGGGGUGUAUAUAGUCAAGACACUAAACGUGAUUGUGUUCUUAUUCAGAAGAAUAAUGGCAAGUAUAACUGGAUUAAUGUAGACUGUAAUAGAACUUCGUGGACCCUGUGCGAAUUUGGUACAAGACCAGUUGCAUCAACGACCGCUUACAGAACGACUCUUUCCACUAAUACAGGAACCAAUGCAGAAGAAGGUACAGAAUCAACCGAAACAACUGAUAUAUUUGUCCAAACACAAUAUUUUUAUAUAAAAUCGAUAUUGGUGGAUGCAGCUAAUUCAGUUCAGAUUGAUUUCAAGCCGAUCUUACCUCCAUCCACAAAUGACUUACUAGCGACUACUAAAAUGCCAGCUACUAAACCAGUUAUCACAACAGUAACUUAUACUACAACUCUUUCCAUUCAUGCUGGAAACGAAAUAGAAGAAGUAGAAUUAACUACAACAACUGAAAUAUUUGCCCAAAAGCAAUACUUUUAUGUAAAAUCGAUAUUGAUGGAUGCAGCUAAUCCAGUUGAAAAAUUUUGGCUGCAAACUAAUCGAGACCAAACUCUAUGUUAUAAUGUUCCUAAUGUAACCUACGAUUUUAACGAUGCUCAAGCACAUUGCCAACUAUAUGGAGGUAACUUAGCUAUAUUAGAUGCUGCUAAUAAGAGUGAUUCACUAACCGGAAUCUACUAUGGUAAACUUGGUCUUGACAAGAGUUUAUGGAUUGGAUUAGUCAAUAUUCAGUCUAAGCAUGCUAAUAUUACUCAAUUUUGGAUUAAUGGUAUAAAACCAACUUACACUAAUUUUGCAUAUCCACCCGAUGGUACUAUUCAAGAUUGUUAUUUAAUGGACGCAAAUAGUACACAUAAGUGGUUUCUCGAGUUAUGUAGUAACCAGCAUCACUUUCUUUGCCAAAAAGGUAAUAAGAUUCAUGAUUAA